UUUUAAGCCAACUUUUUCACUCUUUUCUUCAACUUUCAUCAAGAGGCUCUUUAGUUCUUCUUCACUUUCUGUGAAGAGAAAGAUCUGGGCAGGAGAAGUCAAAUUGUCAGAAACCUGGUCCCAAUGUCAUGAUCCCCAUUUAGGGUCUAUAGGGCAGGGAUGUCUCUGUGUCUCUGCAUCAAUUUGACAGUUUGUUUUUUUUUUCUUUUCACAUAGGUGAUCCAAAAAUUAAGAUUCAGGAGAACCUCCAGUAGGUGUGGAAGAUGGCUGGUCAUUAUGGAUGGCUGAAAGCCUGCCAACUCUUUCAAGACCAGAAAGUGAGGAAGCAAAACCCGGGACCUGGGAGGCAGAUGGCUCCCCCACCACAGGAGAAAGACUCCAUGGUGAAGUGUAAGGACUGUGGAGCCUUUGGGCACACAGCAAGGAGCCUCAGGUGCCCCAUGAAGCGCUGGCAAGGGGCGCUGGUCCCCCUGCCCUUGGGGUCCAGAUUUGGUAAGGAGAACCUGGCGUGGAAGCUGCAGGACCCACCGACCCCAGGGACUCCUAACACGGCUGAGAGAGAGGAGGAGGAAAGGCAGAGGUGAGCGGCGGGGAGG